AUACCGCCUUUGAUGAGCUUCAGGCAGACUUCAAGGUGCCGAUCGAUCAGGGAAAUCCACUUCAUGCGCGUGAAAGACUUCGAAAUAUAGAGAGGAUCUGUUGCCUGCUGAGAAAGUUGGUGCUUCCAGAGUACUCUAUCCAUGGACUCUUCUGUAUCAUGUUCCUGUGUGCUCAGGAGUGGCUUACUGUAGGCCUGAAUAUCCCUCUGCUCUUCUACAACACAUGGAGGUACUUUCACAGCCCCACAGACACUAAGGAGCUUCUCUACGAUCCAGCAUCAGUCAUGAACGGAGACACCCUCAAAUUCUGCCAAAAAGAAGCCUGGUGCAAGAUGUCCUUCUUUGUCCUCUCAUUCUUCUACUAUCUCUACUGUAUGAUCUACUCCUUGGUGACUUCAUAACAGAGUUCUCAACACUGCUGAUAAGACGCUGUUUCUUGAAAGCUCUAAACUAAAUUUGGAUUUAAAAAAAGAGCACCGCUAGACACAAGUUCGACACACUGCAGUGUCUGAACCUACAGAGAAGACUUGACCCAAACUUCCCAGAGUAUCAGAAGAACCCAGUGUUGUUUACAGAUCUGACUCAACGCCCUAGAUGUCUCAUGGACCUGGUGUGACGCGCUUUUCACAAGCUCACAGUAACAUUUGCACAGAUUGUCUCAGGCAUAGCACAACAUGUCCUUUACCACUCUGAGGCACAAAAACUGCCAACCUUUACACUCACUAUAUGUAGCUUCAAAUUCAUGUCGGGUUAAAACUAAGAAAAUAAAAAGAUGGCUAACUUGAUCAGAGAAUGUUUCAUUUUUACCAGUCACACACUAGGCCACUGGGUUUGAUUAAGUGAGAAGCUUUUGUGAUAUAUUUUGUGUAUCUGUACACUCCUAAAAUAAGCGUUUUUUUAAUAUGAAAUACGUAUCUGUUGCAUUACUUGUGUACAUAAAGAACUUUGUGUAAUGCUAUGCUGUGUUGGUGUCCGUGGGGUGAGUUGUUUUUGGACUUUAUAUCUACAAAUGCUGAUAUCGAGGCUUUGUUAUAGAAAACAAGAGCCACUUUUCCACAAUUUUGCACAAAGUUGUUAUGAGUUUGCACAGUAGAUACAGUUAUUGGUUGUGGUGGAAAAAAGUCAUAUUUAUAUACCCAGUAUGAGUCUUCCAAUAAAUUACAGUGCAUCAAAAUAACACAGAUUUUCAU